AUGGAGUCCCGGCUCCUCCUCGGGGCGCUGCUGUGCGCCUGGCUCUCGCCGGCCCUGUCUCCGUGGGGCGCCCGGGCGCAGCUCCCUGCUAGCGGGGACCUACCGCUCCCCAGCAGAGGCAGCGCCGCGGGACCUCGGAGAGCGGGAGGCUACACCUCGGAGACGCAGGUAUCUGAGAUGGCAGUUCCCAGUGUUCCAUCUACUACAAUACCCUUAUCUCAAAUCAGGAGAUUUCACAGUAUGAAAUGUGGACCAUCUAGUCUGUUCACUUGUUUCAAUGGUGGUGAAUGUGACUACAGAGAGCUGUGCAACUGCAGUCGGUUUAAUGCAACUGGACCAAGAUGCCAGACAGUGUAUAAUACAGGUGCUGAAAGAGAUCAUAUAUGCAGAACAUGGGGUCAAUACAAUUUUGAAACUUUUGAUGGACUCUAUUAUUACUUUUCUGGGAAAUCCACAUAUGCACUUGUGAGACACACUGAGCUGGAUGAGCAGAGUUUUUCCAUACAGGUGAAUAAUGAUCCUGAGUGCCAUUCUUCUCCUUACUUCUGCAAAAGAUCCAUUAGUUUAUUUUUUUCUGGAGAUGAACAGAUAAAGAUGAGCAGUGAAGUCACUUAUAAAGGAUUUGGGAUACAGUUACCUUCCAUUAUUGGAAACUUACACAUCCAGAAGCUAGCUGGAUACUUCCUAGUCAGGCACCAGUAUGCUUUUACUCUGGCUUGGGAUGGUGUGUCUGCAGUAUAUAUCAAAAUGGCACCUGAGUACCUGGGCAAAACACACGGACUGUGUGGAAACAAUAAUGCUGUCCUGCAGGAUGAUCUUGAAACUAGUUAUGGAAAACUGACAGAUGAUGUAACAGAGUUUGUAGAGAGUUGGCAGGAGAAUCUUCCACAAGGAACACACAAUUGGGAUAAAUCUGUUCUCAGAGAACCACCCUGCCUGACACAAAGCCACGAAUCUCUGCAGAUGGCAUACACCCUGUGUAAUAUCCUGUUACAUCCUCCAUUUGAGCAAUGUCAUGAAUAUGUGAGUCCCCUUCCUUUUAUGGCAAGCUGCACCAAUGAUCUUUGCAUGUCAGCAGUUGAUAAUGCAACUUGGUGUCGAGCAUUAACUGAAUAUGCCAGAGCAUGUGCCCAAGCAGGAAAACCACUUCAUGGAUGGCGAAUGCACUUCCAGCAGUGUGUGAUUGUGUGUCCUGAACCAUUUACCUACAAUGAAUGCAUCAACUGUUGCCCUGUUUCAUGUCAUCAGCAAUCACAGUGCAUUGACAGUGAGCUUCCUUGCAUUGAUGGAUGCUACUGUCCAGAUGGCUUAAUUUAUGAAAAUGAAUUGUGUGUCAAACCUAUGGACUGUCCUUGUGACUACCAUGGAAGCUCUUUUGAAAUGGGUUCAGUGGUUAAUGAGGAGUGUAAUAACUGCACUUGUAUGGGAGGAAAGUGGAUUUGUACAAACCUGACAUGUCCAGCUGAAUGCUCAGUUUCAGGAGACAUUCAUUUCAUGACCUUUGAUGGGCGCAAAUACACUUUCCAAGCUACUUGCCAGUAUAUUCUAGCAAAAAGUCGAAUAUCUGGAGCCUUUACUGUAUCCUUGCAAAAUGCUCCUUGUGGGCAGAAUCAGGAUGGAUCAUGUAUCCAAUCAAUCAGCCUUAUCCUUAAGCAGGACCCCAAGAGGCAAGUGACUCUGACUCAUUCAGGAGAUGUUUUGGUAUAUGACCAAUACAAAAUUAACCUGCCUUAUGCAGAUGAGCUAUUUGAAAUACGGAAACUCUCCUCUGUAUUUCUUCAAGUAAAGACACACAUUGGAUUAGAGAUACUGUAUGACAGAAAAGGACUGAGGCUUUAUCUUCAAGCUGAUGGACGGUGGAAAGAUGAUACUGUGGGCCUUUGUGGAACCUUCAAUGGAAAUAUGGAGGAUGAUUUUUUAUCUCCAGGUGGAGUAACUGAAAGCACUCCAGAGCUGUUUGGAAACACAUGGAAAACCUCAUCAACAUGUGUUCUUGUGCAUGAUAGUUCACAAAUGGAUCCUUGUGAUGUUCAUCUGCAGGCAGCCCCUUAUGCAGCAGAAGCUUGUAGCAUCCUUACAAAAGAACUUUUUGCUCCAUGCUACCCCUAUUUGAGUCCUGUUGCCUAUUUUGAGCAGUGCAGAAGAGACACUUGCAAAUGUGGACAGACUUGUUUUUGCUCUGCUCUGGCCCAUUAUGCUCAUCAUUGCCGAAGAUUUGGAGUCAUAAUAGAUUUCAGAGAAGGUGUCCCAGACUGUGCUCUUUCAUGUGAAGAUACAAAGGAGUACAGUACUUGUGUAUCUACCUGUGGCAGAACCUGCCAAGCACUGUCUGUGCCAGAGACAUGCAGUGGUGAUUGUGUUGAAGGCUGUGCUUGUCCCUCUGGAACAUAUUUGAAUUCCAAGACUGAACAAUGUGUACAGAGAAGUGAAUGCCCCUGUUAUUUUCAAGGAAUUGACUAUCCCCCUGGAGAAAAUGUUAUGACAUCUUUGGGCAAAUGCCAUUGUAGGGAUGGAGUAAUGAAUUGUGAUAACAACAUAAUAGCACACAGCUGCCCAGCUGGACAGAUUUAUAUUAACUGCAGUAAUCCCAUAGUUGAUCCAGAACUCAGCAGAGAGCGAACUUGUGAAAAUCAGCUACUAAACGUCACUUUCCCAGCACAACUUCCUUGUGUUUCAGGCUGUGUCUGCCCACCUGGCCUUGUUAAACACGGGGAUCUGUGCUUGGAUGCAGAUGAAUGUCCAUGUUCAUGGAAAGGAAAGGAAUACUUUCCAGGUGACAAAGUAAUUUCUUCCUGUUAUACAUGCGUUUGCCAGCAUGGAUCAUUCCAGUGCUCCUUCCAUCCUUGCCCAUCAAUGUGUACUGCAUAUGGGGAUCGGCAUUACAGAACAUUUGAUGGACUCACAUUUGACUUUGUUGGAACUUGUAAGGUUUACCUGGUUAAGGGUACUUCAAUCAGUUUUUCUGUUGUUAUAGAGAAUAUUAACUGCUUUAAUACGGGAAUGAUAUGCAGAAAAAACCUUUUCAUUAAUGUUGGAAAAUCUUCUUUAAUAUUUGAUGAUGAAACUGGAAAUCCAAGCUUAUCUAGUCACAUAGAUGAACUACACCAGAUACAGCAAUGGAAAGCUGGAUUUUUCACUGUUAUUCAUUUUCCCAGUGAGCACAUCACCAUUCUUUGGGAUCAGAGAACAACAGUUCAUGUACAGAUGGGUCAUCAGUGGCAGGGUAAAUUGACUGGAUUAUGUGGAAAUUUUGAUCUGAAAACAGUAAAUGAAUUGAGGACACCAGAUAACUUUGAAUUAACAAAUUCACAAGAGUUUGGAAACAGUUGGACAGCUGUAGAGUGUGUUGACAGCUCUGACAUUCAAAAUCCAUGCAGUAUGAAUCCUCUUAGAGAGCCAUUUGCCAAGAAGGAAUGUGGAAUACUGUUAAGUGAAGCAUUUGAAGCUUGCCACCCAGUGAUUGACGUCACCUGGUUUUACUCAAAUUGCUUGACAGAUACAUGUGGUUGUAACCAAGGAGGUGACUGUGAGUGUUUCUGCACAAGUGUAUCAGCAUAUGCCCAUCAGUGCUGCCAGCAUGGAGUUGCUGUAGACUGGAGGUCCCCUAGAGUGUGUCCUUAUGAUUGUGAAUAUUUCAACAAAGCUCUGGGAAAAGGCCCAUACAAAGUGGUCAGCUAUUUGGAUGGAGAAUUUGUAAUGGCAGUGAAAUGGGUGGAUGGUGUUGUUUUUCCAGUGAGAAAUGAAGAUAUUGUUCCUGGACAUGCAGUGAGCUUUAUGCUCACUGCAGGACUUUAUAAACCCAAAGCACAUGAUUCCAGCUUGAUUUCAUUUGAAACAGCUGAGAGACCAAAUUAUUUUCUUCAGUUGGUCUCCAAUAAUACUCUUGUUCUUUCUAAAUGGAAAAAAAAAGAAGAGUUUCACAACAGCUCUACAUUUGUCAUUCACAAGGACACAUGGCUUCCAGGAUACAGUUCCUUUGAGUCAUUUGCAAAACCAGGAUACUUCAUCCACAUUUCUGCCUCUUCAGUUCAGCUUUUGAAGUACCACCAUUCAGAGGAGUUCAGACUGUCUACCCUUUUUAAACUUGUAGAUGUCAAAUUUAAACUUCUGUCCCGGUCUACAUGUGAGUGGCAUUACAAUGCUUGUACCAGCCCUUGCUUCAAGACAUGUAGGGACCCUUUGGGAAAAAAAUGUCAAGGAGUACCUAAAGUGGAAGGAUGCAUUCCUGCCUGUCCGCUCAAUAUGCUACUGGAUGAAAUCACUCAAAGAUGCGUGUAUUUUGAAGACUGCAUUGAACCUGCAGAUGAUGGUCCACCUUUGUCACCCAGCAUUCAAACACCAGCAGUUUCCCACAUAACUUCAAGUACAAGUUUGGCAGCGAUUGAGGAAGUAGUAACUUCAUUUCCAGUACCCAAAGUAGUGGACAUGGAAACAACACUUGCUUCAGAAUUGCAACUCACUGCAACUGUAGGGAAAACUGAAUUUCCACAUGGUCUGUCUAAUAUAACACUUCCAACUAUGACUUUAUCAUCAACUAUUUCACCACAGUCAACAGCAAUGACAUCUGAGAGAAGCACUAUGCCAGCGCCCAGGACAACAAAAUCUAAUGUAAGCUUGUCUUCUUCUGUUGGCAUUUCUUCGUUGUUUUCAUCUACUGGCAGUUCAGAAACUUCCACAAAGAUGAAACUGAUCAGUGGUGAUUCCACUAAAAUGUUGAGGGCUACAGAACCUAUGACAGCUACUGCUACACAUGCAGUGACUACAAGCAGAGAAUCAGAAAGCAGAUCAAUUGUUCCUUUUAUUUUUACUAGUACACCACUUAUAGUUAGGACAACAGAAAUGCCAAUAAAAACUAAAAUAAUGGAAAUAUCAGAAAUAGACACAAGAACAUUGCCUACAAAAGAAGCUCAAGCAAAACUAGAAGGACUUACAAUGUUUACACCCAGUUCAUCUGAAUUAAUAACAGAAAAAGCUACUGCCUAUCUGCCUGAGUUUUCCACAUCACCACCAGUGCCACCAUUUUCUCCUGCAAUCACUACUUUGUUAAAACCAGUGUCUCCAAAAACAACAAAAUCAGCAAUUGUUGCAAGUGAACGAACCACAAAGACUACAUUUUUACCAACAGCCACAUCACCUAUUCUGCUUGCAAAAGCAGUUACAGAACCUCCUAUUGAAAUGGUUCAACACCUGACUGGUACUGCAGCGGUACAUUUCACUACAACUUUAGGUACAAAAACAACAACUCUGCCAACUCAAGAGAGAUUAUCAGAGGCAACUUUGUUAUCAUUUGCAACUCAUAAAAAGAAAACUUCCCAAACAACCUCUCAUGUGGAACAUACACCAAGUUCCUAUUUCCCUCCAUAUUCGCUGCUACCUAGUUCUACAACUGAAAAAUCUAUUACUCUUCCUACAAAAAGACCUUCAGUGUCUGGUUCUACUCCUGCCUCUCCAGCUUCAGGUGAAUUAAAAAAAACAUUUAAAACUCUUUCAACUACAGCAUAUCCCUUAUACACAGUUCUAAACUCAACAGAGGUUCUGACUACAUCACAUACUGAAUACCCUGUUGUGACCGAGACCAUCAGUGUGACACCUUUGUCUAUUGAGAUAACAUCCCCUUUUGAAUUAGCAGCAAAGCCAACUUUGUUUUCUGGAAACACAUCUACCAAACACAAGUCAACUCUAGUUUCGAGUACAGUGAAGACAAGUAUGUCAGCAUACUUGGGUAGUGUUACCACAUCGGCAAUGAAAACCACUAGCUUAUCAAAAGAAACUACUACAGUUCCUUUUGUAACUACAGAAAAAGAGUCAGCACAAAAAAAACCUGUCACUGGAUCUCCAGUUACUCUACUUAGUGCAAUUGAAAACACACUGUUGACAACACAGUCUGAAAAAUCACAAGCGGAAAUAGUUACUAGCACUUCUACUAGAAAGCCGCCUGCUUUCCCUUCUUCGCCAUCAAGUGCUCUAAUCUCUUUAAACAUUUCUCUUCCUUCACUACCCUCAUAUGGAAAAGAAGCAUCACUGACAGAUCUUAGUCCUGUGCAUACAUCCCAUGAUGCCAAGGAGAAAACAACUCUGUCCCCUUCUGUUGUUCUUCCAGUAACAAAGUCUUCUUACACUUUCUCCACCUCCCACCCUAUAGCAGGUAAAUCCAUUUCUUCAUCACCUUUAACAGAAAUCACAAAAGAAAUAACAGCCACACCAAAAUACUCAGCAGAAACUAAGAUAGCUUCUACAGCAUUGAAAUCUACAAUCCAAAGCAUAACAGAUACCGUGAAAUUUACAGCAGAUACAGCUCUGCCAUCCUUUCCUCCAUCUUCAGUAGUCCCCUUCUCUUGGCAGACGUCUUCAGGAGAUAAACAUCCAGUACAGACCACAAAGACUAUGACUAUACCACAUUUUUCCACUCAGAAGAUGAUGGGACUUGGUCAUCAGACUUCUGAGCCUUUGUUAAGCCAGAGCAUUACCCCAGUAUACCAGUAUCCUGCAGAAACUCUUACAAAAUCCACUGGACAGCCACAACAUAUCUUUAGCACAACUGAAGCUACAGUGGAAUCGACUUCUUUUCAUUCCCUAAUCACCUCACUACCUGAACACAUUCAUUCAAGUAUAUUACCUACCUCAGUAGGUCCUACACAAGUCAUUUUACCAAGUGAAAAAGAGUUGCAUUUAACUGAUACGGUCACACAGUCAUAUAUAUCAAGAACUUCUGUUUUGCAGUCUACAUUGCCCACUAGAACAACAGCUGACUUGGUGUCUGGUACUAGAAUUCUCCCUUCCUCUUCUUUGGCAACAAUUAAAAAAGAAGCAGUUCCUUCAUUUUCCACACAACAGGCAGGUACUGGUCUGAAAUUCACACAGCAGGUCUCAUUUACUAAAUCACUUGAUUCAACUCAGACACUUGAAAGAACUACAGCUUCACCAGGAUCUACGUCAACCUUUUCAUCAGUCUUGUUACUAGAGACAACAGAAAAUCCUACUGUGGUGGGAAGUGGACAUUCCAUGGCAACAAGCAAAAGUGGUACUGAUAAAACUGUGGUGUUGCCUAAGCAAGUCACACUUUCAACCACUGGCUCCAGUUCCACAUUUGUCACAAGUACAAUGUCAGCUAUGGCCCAUUCAUCAACUGCAGCUCCUACUUCUUCAAUGAUAAGCAGCACUGGGCAAAAUGUUAGCAUCAUAUCAACAACAUCAGACAAAGAAGAAGCAAUAAUAAAAUCCAUCACAAGCUCUGUGAAGCCCACCCUUUUAUCUGUUACUUCAAAAGCAAAAGGAGAUAUGUCUCUUGGUACAGUAAAAUCUGAAGAGCCAAAAUUAACCACAGAAGUCCAAGCCAUCCAUACUCGGGGUGCUACCAGUACCCUAGAAACACCUCAGGCAUUUUACUCUCCAUAUUUCACAAACACAACUGCAGUUCUUUCUAAUAUAAGCAUACCAGUAGUGUCCACAAUGCAUUCAUCCUCUGAACCAAAACCUUUUUCUUCUGUAUCUCCUUCAUCAGUCAGUACUGCUCAAACUUCAAAACCUGAAAUAUCAUCUGAGAUUCAAAUACCUUCUUUAAGUUCAGUGCUAAUGAUAUCUGACAAUCUGAAUGACACAGCAGCUCCAUCAGUUUCAUCAUUUGCCUCUUUAUCUACCAAACCACUUUAUGGCUUGACAACAGCAUCUUCUGAUGGACUGGCAACAGUUGAAGCUGUGUCAGGAGUCACAGCAUCAACUUUUAUGUUACCUACAGAAACAGCAGCUCUUCAAACUUGUACACCAAUCACAGAAACUGAGUGCAUAAAGCACAUUUGCCUGGAUGGACAACUGAUUCGAGUCAAUAAGUCACAGAACUGCCCGUACAACACAACUCAACCCAGCUGUGGAGUUCUAGGAUUUGCUACUCAAACAAAUGGUGACAAAUGCUGCCCAAAGUGGGAGUGUGCAUGUCGUUGCACGAUUUUUUCUGAUCUGAGCAUUGUAACCUAUGAUGGGAAUCGUUUGGCUUUGUUCAAAGAAGCAUCCUACAUUGUUAGUCAAAGUCAGGAUGAAACUAUAACCAUCCAUAUCCUUGACUGUAGAAUGAGUAAUUCAAACUCAUCAUCUUUGUGUCUGGCAAUGUUGAAUCUAACCUAUCUAUCAAACCAAAUUAUUAUCAAUCGUUUAAGCAGAAAAAUAACAGUAAAUUCAAGAUUUGCUUGGCCUACUGUUAGAAAAUAUGGAUACAAAGUUGAGGAUUCAGGCCUUAAGUAUGCAGUUGAGACCCCAACGAAAAUCAGAAUUCAGUGGUUUCACAGCACAGGAAUGAUGAUUAUUGAGUUGAACAGUACCAGAGAACCAAGAGCUUUGGGACUAUGUGGGUUUUGUGAUCAAAGAUUGGAAAAUGACCUGAUGCUACCCAACAGGACAGUCUUAAGCAAAAGCAGUGCUCCAUCGACUUUUAUAGACAGCUGGCAAGUGCCUGACACAUUGAAGUAUGUUGGAGAAGACAGGAAUCAGGAAACUAAUUGCUCGGUCAUGGACUGCUCAGAGUGCCUAAGCAUGGUGUUGAACCAGACCUUCAGCAGCUGUCAUCCUUACGUUCCUCCUGAGCUAUUCUGUGGUAUGUGGAUUCAAGAUAGUGAGUACGUUCAAAAUCCAUGCAUUUCCCUGGCUGCCUACGUGGCAAUGUGCAACAAAUUUAAUGUUUGUAUAGAAUGGAGGAGCCCUGAUUACUGCCCUUUUUCCUGCUCUGAAAACUUCUCCUACCAGGCUUGUAUAGCUGCCUGUGAGGUUCCAGAUAGUUGUCAGAAUAAGGAGAUUGCUGUUCUUGAUACAGACUCCUGCUCAGUGUUGACAGAAGGCUGCAUCUGUUCUGGAGGGACCAUCCUUCAUCGAUCUCAUACGGCUGUCUGUAUUCCUGAAGAAAAAUGUGCUUGUACAGACAGCUCAGGAGCACCUCAUGCAAUAGGUGAGAUCUGGAAAACUUCUUUGAGUGGAUGCUGUAUGCAAAAAUGUAUUGACAGUGAGACCAUCGUUCCAGUGGAGUACAACUGUUCAGAUGCCCACAAUUUAGACUGUCAGCGCUUUGCAGAAGUGGCCCUACUUGUUCCUGAUGAUCAGACAUGUUGUCCUCAGAAGAUCUGUAUUUGCAACCAGAGCCUCUGUGAGCCCCUAAUUCCUGAGUGUAACAGCUUGGAAAGGCUGGUCACUUACUACAGCAAAGAAUCCUGUUGUCCUAGCUACCUUUGUGAAUGUGAUCCAGCAAAGUGUGAACCAGUGCAGCAGAUGCCGAGCUGCCAAGACGAUCAGACGCUAAUUGCUGCUCGGUUGGAGAGUACCUGCUGCAUUUCCUAUAUAUGUGCAUGCAGGCCUUGCUCCUAUCAGAUACCCAAAUGUCAAGAAGGAGAAGUUCUUAUUGUGGAUGGCAACACUACAGAGAGGUGUUGCCCUACAUACCGUUGUAUUUGUGAAAUACAUCGUUGUCCUGAAUUCAAAUGUAUGCUGGGCAUGUCUUUGGUGGAGGUAUGGAGUCCAGAGAACUGCUGCCCCUUUCGGACAUGUGAAUGUGCAUGUGAAACAAUCCCCAAACCUCAGUGCGAACCGGGGCAGAAACUUCAGAUAGAUGACUACUUUCAAAACAGUACAGAAAAUAUCUGUAACUGUGUUAAGUACAAAUGCGUGAGAGACAAAGUUUGCCUGAGUGACGAGAGAGGGGUGCUGCUUCCUGGACAGACAAUCGUGGAACACAGCUCAGAUGGCAUUUGCCAUAUUUCUUACUGUACAGAUGUGAUUGAUCCCUCCACUAAAUACUACCAACUGAACACAUCUUCAAUAGACUGUGCUGUCAAGUGCAAAGCUAACCAAGUCUAUCAGCCUCCAAAAGAUUUGACAACUUGCUGUGGUAGCUGUAAGAACUUGUCUUGUCUCCACACUUUCAACAAUGGCACAGUUUCCAGCUUUAAACCUGGUACUGUUUGGAUUUCAAAUUGCAUCAGAUAUGAAUGCACUAACACAGCAAUAGGACCGGUUCUGGUUUCCUCUUCGGUUGGCUGCCCACCUUUCAAUGAAACUGAAUGUGUCAAGGUUGGUGGCUAUGUCGUGCCAUUCCUAGAAGGAUGCUGCAAAACGUGUAAGGAAGAUGGAAAAUUCUGUAAAAAGGUGACCGUCAGGAUGACUAUCCGCAAGAAUGACUGCAGGAGUAACACACCAGUGAACAUCGUUUCGUGUGAUGGCAAGUGUCCUUCUGCAAGCAUUUACAACUACAACAUCAACACAUAUGCGAGAUUCUGCAAGUGCUGCAGGGAGCUUGGGCUACAGAGACGAACUGUGCCAUUGUAUUGCACCAGUAAUUCAACCUGGGUCAGCUACUCGGUCCAAGAGCCCACAGAUUGUUCUUGCCAGUGGUCUUAGGGAAAAGAACAAAAAGAAAGGAAACAAAACAGCAAGCCCAGCUCUUUAUAGCGUAAGAUAAACUAUUCAGGUUAAAACUAUAAUACCCAGUCCACUGAAUUUUACAAGUUUAAUGCAAAAUGAUAAAACAGUAAAAAGGCUUUUUGACUCUUCUAAAGUUCCAAAGAAUGGCUUUGCAUUGUUUGUGUUGUGAUUCAUCUUUAUGUUCAUUCACAGGGAUUGUUUCAAGAUUUCUUGUGAUACGUGCCAACUUCACAUGAUUUACAUCACAGACACCUCAAGAGAAAAAAAAACCCAGCUAUUUUGUUCUGGAGAGCUGGCCCACUCUUUGUCAGGCACCCAUUCCUCUUUUAAAUCAUUGAGCAGCUUGUUUAGCCACAGCUCCUUGUUUUGAAGUCAUUGCAAUUGCACAAGUACAUUCCAUAUCUAUUGAGAAAAAGGAUUUGGAUAACAUGAGAAUUUUCAGUUUAAUUCAUAUUCAUCUUGCAAAGUAGAAAAUGUAUUAAAAAAUCAGUUGAAGACUUUUUUUCCCCCUCUUUCUUCCUUUCUUUAAUCAGGGAACCUGCCGACACUGACAACUGCAUGUAACAGUCCCUGGAAAUAAUUUCAGUUUUUCUAGUGAAUUUUGUAAUGUAGUUAAAAGCAUUAUGGCAAACAUAAUGUGUGGAAGAAAAUUACUAUUUUUAGGCUAUCUACAUUAGUCACAAGUGGUUAAUUUACCUUGCUGCUAAACAAUAUGACAUAAACUGAAAAGACACAGAUUUACCAAAUGAAAAGCAUUUUACAUUCCUUAUAUAGAUACAACAUAAAUGAAAACAUUCAUCUUGAAAUGUACCAUAAUUAAACUGUUGCUUUUAGGAGGAGGGGCUUUGUUUAGCACUAAUUUUAAAGGUGUGAAAAUUCGUUAGGAAAAAUAAAACCAGGAUUAUGUAUCUGUCUAAAAUAAAAACAAAGCUUUUUUUUUUGUUGUUACCACUAUAGUAGAAUGCAGCUUCGUAUGGCAAGUGUUUGAUAUUGAAGAUAUACAGCUGUAAAGUUUGAAACUCCUAAAGCAAUUUUGCAUAUGAAUUUAAACAAUUAGCAUUUUGUUGUAAUGAGCUAAUGUUUUUCUCUUCUAAGCUGCUGUUGCUGUUCUGUGAUUUUUUUCAGCAAACACCAUCAAGGUUCAGCAAAGAUCAAGAAGCUUUUAUUAUGUAGAUUAAAACAUUAGAUGGCACAUAGUGAUACACUUGAGAUCCUAUAAUAGAAAAUGAAUCUCUCUUCUUAAUGCUGCUUUCUCUGCAGUUAAUCCAAAGAAAAAUGUCAUUAAAAUCAAUCAUGAAGGUUUUUAAUAUUAAUUUUGUGUACUGUACAUUUCAUUCUUACAAUAUCUAAUAAACAUCAGGAAGUCUUAUUUUGUUACAGUUAAUGUUGCUGUCAUGGUUAAAGCAGCUUACUGCCACGUGUUUCAACCCAGUGUUUACUAAUACCUUUUUUUUUUCCAGGGGUGCAGGUGUUUCAUUUCAGAGGCUGCUUCUAUCACUAGUAAUAGUGAUCUAAGAUAUGCAUAUAUAUUUUUGAAAAUCUACAUAUUUCUCUGAUUCUAUCACACCUAAUUUUUAUCCUGAGAAAUGCCAAAUUCAACUGUCAUUUAAUUAAAAUGAAAACUUGGUAAACCAUUGCUCAUUGAAGUAUAAUAACACAUUUCUGAUCCUUAAGUGUCAGAUCAGCUUUUGUUCUGGAAAAAAGAGGGGGGGGAACGCUAUGUUUCCACUGCCCAUUUUCUUUCCACAGAUUUUUCCUUAACUGUCCUCCAG